AUGUGUUUUGUUAGUGUUAUGGACUUUUGCAGAGCGAGCAAGAGUGUUGGACGACUCAAUAAAAGUUGAAAUAGAUUUAUGGUUUGUUGGGUUUGAAUGGAUUCUUGAAAUUCUUCAGCUCGGUUUAUUCAUCUCCAUUGUUUUUCUUUUGUGCAGCUUUAACUUACUACCCAUUAAUCUCCCUCAAUCAAAACCCUUUUUUUUUUGAAGUUUCGGCUUCUGUUGGUUCAGUUGAAUUCAGUUUCUCUAUUCUGUUGUUUCCCAUAUGAAUCCUGAUUAAAACGCCCAAAUACCAGUCUCAAAUAGUCAGAAAUCCAAUCUUUAGCGUUUAGUUUCUGAUUUCUGGCUUUCGUGCUCUGUUUUCUUUUUUUUUCCUCUGUUGGGUCUUUCGAGUUGUUGAUUCACAAUGGCUGAGGAGGACAAAAGGGGUGGUUUGGGCGGUGAAGGCAGUGAGAAGGAUCGAUUCCCGGUGGGUAUGCGAGUUUUAGCAGUUGAUGAUGACCCAGUUUGCCUCAAAUUUUUGGACAAUCUGCUUCGUAGAUGCCACUACAAUGUUACAACCGCCGAUCAAGCCAUCACAGCAUUGAAUCUGUUGAGAGAAAACAAGGACAAGUAUGAUCUUAUUAUCAGUGAUGUUAACAUGCCAGACAUGGAUGGUUUUAAACUCCUUGAGCUUGUGGGCCUUGAAAUGGACUUACCCGUCAUUAUGUUAUCUGCGUAUGGUGAUACCGAACUUGUGAGAAAGGGGAUUAUGCAUGGUGCUUGUGAUUAUUUGCUGAAACCAGUUCGGAUUGAGGAGAUCAAGAACAUAUGGCAGCAUGUACUCAGGAGACGGAAACUGGACUCAAAUGACCAAAACAAGUCCCUAAGUGAGGAGAAAAAUAAUGAUGGCUCUGUGGGAAAUGGACAAGAGGCUGCAUCGACUGGUAAUGCUGAUCAGAAUGGUAAGAGGAAUACGAAACGGAAGGUCAACAAAGAUGAAGACAACAAAGAAGAGAGUGAAGAGAGUGGAGAUGAGAACGAGGACCCUGCAACCCGGAAGAAGCCACGGCUUCAGUGGACUUCAGAGUUGCAUGCGAAGUUUUUUGCAGCCGUUAAUCAAUUGGGAUAUGACAAGGCUGUUCCAAAGAAGAUUCUUGAGCUAAUGAAUGUUGAAUCGCUUACGAGGGCGAAUGUGGCUAGUCAUCUGCAGAAAUUUAGGCAUUAUUUACAAAAGGUCAGUAAUGAUGUACAGCAGCCAAACACUUCAUUUAGGAGUAGAGAUUCCUCUUACUUGAGUAAGGGUUCACUGGAUGGAUUUGGAGAUUAUAGCUCCUUGUCAACAAAAGGAAGGUUUUCGGACACGGUCUUAUCUCCACAUCCUGGUAGUACACUUGGUAGAUUGAACUCUUCUGCCAAUUUAAGCUCUCGUGGAAUGUCUUCUUCUGGCCUAAUCCAACCAAUCCAAAGCCUGAGCAAUUUCAACACUCCUGGAAAGCUUCAUCAGCUUGUGUUGCCGGCAAACCAAAUUUCCAAUGUAUUUCAAGGGAUUCCAGCGUUGUUAGAGCACCACGAGUCACAGAGCAAUUAUGCUAACCACACUGGAGACUUUCAUCGUAACAAUGGUCUAACUGCUUUUACCGUCUCAUCAGGCUUCCCAGAUGCAGGAGUGACUGUUGGUGGUCCAUGCAACACAGUAGCCAUUAACUCAAACAACCCUCUGAUUCUACAAGCAAACUCAUCACAAAGUCAAAGUAGUGUAGCAUUUGGAACUCAGUUUCCUGGCAGGGUCCACACCUCUGGAUUUUCUUCAAGUCAAGAUCCAUUUCUGAAUAACAACUUGACAGACAUUUUAUCUUCUACCAGCACAUGCAUUGCGAAUGAUUCUUUUAGUUUUCCUUCUUCGAGUGCUCUUAAAGCAGCAACUCUAGGGAACUCUGCAAGAGACUUGCAAUGUCAUUCACGCUGGAAUGUUAAUGCCAUCAAUAAUAACCACAAUCAGAGUCAUACAUUUCAUGCCAUUAACACCCUAGCAUCUGCCAAUGUCGGUCUGGGUCCCUUGAGCAACAGCAUGGAGCAAAGUCAUACUGAAGCUGAGAAAUAUGGUUUGGACAAAACGGAACAAACACAACUGCAAGAUGGUUUCCAGAAAAGCAAUUACUAUUCUUUGGAUGAUUUAACGACUUCAAUGCUGAAACAGGAUCCGAAUGACAUAAUGUCAAUGAUGGAUGGAGACUUCAGUUUUGACCCUUACUCUCUUGGGUCCUUUCUAUAAUGAUUAGGGAUUAGGGUUUGAAGCAGCAUCCUGUAAUCUAUCAGUCAACACUCUCAUCUCCUUUUUUGUCUUUUUUGUUUUUUUUUUUUUUUUGGAUUUCUCAUGGAAUUUUCUCAGGAUCCAAAUGAGAGAGGACUGCUUGGUCUAUUCUUGGUAAUUUUCUUCAAUGUAACAGGACAAUGAAUUUCAUUUCUUGUCCAAUUUGUUCUUUGAUGUUUUCUUCAUAUGAAAUGUGAUGUAGAUUGAGA